CGGAUUCAGAGACACACCCACUUAUACAUUUGACCACGCCUUAAAAGAUAAAUCAUUGUCAGGUGACUAGAGUUCUCUCUCCUCUUUCUCUCUCUUUCCUCUAACUGAGUGGAAGCAGCAAUGGCUAGCUUCUUUAAGAAACAGCCUGAUCUACAUGAGACACUGUUUCAGCUUAAGAUGACUAACAAGCAGAUGGAAAGGCUGGCCAAAAAGGCAGAAAAAGAAGAAAAAAUUCAAAAAUCGAAAAUAACAAAAGCUCUACAGCAAGGUAACAAGGAAGGUGCUAGGAUUUAUGCAGAGAAUGCUAUACGUAAGAAGAAUGAGGGACUCAAUUAUUUGAGGAUGGCAGCCAGGAUUGAUGCAGUCUCUAACCGAGUCCAGUCGGCCAUGAUGAUGAAAGAUCUUUCAAAGCAGAUGGGGAGUGUGGUAAAAGGAUUAGACUCUGUAUUGGCAACAAUGGACUUGGAAAAGAUCUCAUCAACAAUGGACAAAUUCGAAUCCCUCUUCUCCGACCUUGACACCCACACAGAGGUAAUGGAUUCCACAAUGGCCUCAGCAAUGACACUGAGCACUCCAGAAGAUCAAGUAGAGGGACUGAUGAAACAGGUAGCGGAGGAGAACGGGCUUGAGGUGUUGGACAAGCUAGCAACUGCUACCCCAGGAACUGAUACUGUUAGCACACUCACCAACGAAGAGGAGGACAAACUAUCAAGAAGAUUGGCUCAGCUUAGAGACCCAGCCUAACCUAUUGUACACACUCACAAUCAUAAUUAUUAUUAUUAUAAAUAGAGCAAAUUUCUUUUUUAAAUCUUUGUCACGAGUUUACAGU